AGAAAAUGGCAACACGGCGCUAGCAAGGAGACGCUGUACAUGUUAAAUGCCUCUUUGGUUGUUUUUUUGUCGCGUAGUAUUUUCCUCGUUUUGCACAGAUUACUGCGUGGUCCUUUAGUCGUUGACUAACAUCAUAGUUUAAUACAGUCUCUUCUCGGCUGCUACUUUGAAGCUUCUCGUGCCAGCUUAGCUUGCUAGCUGCUAACAAAGAGACGCGGAAGUUAGCAACACACGCGAAGUGUUGCGAUUGUGUGAAAAUGUGCAAAGUCCAAAUACUGCGAGCGUUGGUGAACGAGCGACUAACCGCUGCCGUCGAGGAAAUAUUUGUAGUGUUGGAAGGAACGAUAGCAGAGUACGAGCAGGAACUUUCUCGAACGAAAGAGGAGAACGAGCGACAACGUCAACUACUGGACGCUGUUUUCAAGCCUCAAAGUGGGUCACGGAGAGCAGACGUCAGUGAAGAAGAUCUUCCCCCCAAGCAGCCGGAGUGGGGCUCCAUGGUGGGGCAGCAGAAACCACAGCCGCCCCACGUUAAAGAGGAAGCGCAAUUGUGGAUUCAGGAGGAGGCUGACGUCAGCAAAUUUCCAGUGACUUGUGUGAUUGUGAAGAGUGAGGAUGAUGACGAUGAAGCUCAGUGGCCUCGAAUUGAUGACGGUCAAAUUGAGGCGAAGAGAAGAUCAGAAGGAGACGGCCGCUUAGCACCGGUAUCGAAUGGCGACGACACAACGUCCCACUCUCCUGACACCGACGAUGAAGACUCCAAAGCCGGUCGGACACGUCACACCGACGCCGCGCGCUUUAAAUGCUUUCAGUGCGACAAAACGUUUGACAGGAAAACAACUUUGAAGAGACACAUGAUGAUCCACACAGGAGAAAAAACAUUCAGCUGCUCGGUUUGUGGCAAGACAUUCAUACGACAGGCACAUUUGAUUUCGCACAUGAGGACACACACGGGUGAAAAACCAUUUGCGUGCUCAGUUUGCGGCGAAAGAUUCUCGCUUAAAGGCAACUUGAUCCGACACACACGAACGCACACGGGAGAAAAACCCUUCUCGUGUUCAGUGUGCGACACGCGUUUCAGCGUCCGUCCUGCUUUGAUUCAGCACAUGAGGACACACACCGGUGAGAAGCCUUUUCUAUGUUCAUUUUGUGGCGAGAGGUUCUCCCAAAGGGGACAUUUGAUAGGACACACGCGAACGCACACGGGAGAAAAACCUUUCUCCUGCUCGGUGUGCGGGAAAAGGUUUUCGAUAAAAGGAACGUUGAAAGUCCACACAAGAACGCACACGGGUGAGAAGCCAUUCAGCUGCAGCGUGUGCGAUAAGAAGUUCUCCUAUAAGCACCAGCUUAACAAACACAAGUGUGCUGGCGAGAGCAGCAGUCAAACACUUUUCCCUGGCUAGAUUUGACUUUUAUCGGCACAAAAGCAUCAGACAUUUGCUCUUUGAUGUAAUGUGUUCAUACUAGGGAUGCUCCGAUCAGGUUUUUAUGCUGCCGAUACCGAUCAUCCACGAGUGGAGUCUUAGACUUAGACAGACUUUAUUGAUCCACGAGGGAAAUUGCUUGGUUACAGUGGCUCAAUUGCAGAAGCAAAACACAAACACUCUUAAAUAAUAACAAUAAUAAAAGCAUAUUUUCAAACUGUGUGUAGAAAUAUAGGUAAUUACAAGGAAAGGUACUCUUUAUGAAGGGAGGGCAGACAGUACAGCCCAAAAAUGCUGUGAAUAAAUCAAGUCCUGUAGCGUUUACUGUGGGGAAGAAACUGGAGGAGUCCCUGCCCCUCUGUGGUCCAAUGGAGUGGGUGGACGGGGUUGUCCAUGAUGGAGAGCAGUUUGUCCGGCAUCCUCCUGUCUCUCACUGUUGCAAACGCCUCCAUCUGACUGCCGAUAACUUGUUUGGCUUUCCGGAUCAGUUUCUCCAUCCGGUUUAUGUCCUUGUUGCUGGUGCUGCAAAAGGACAAACAUUUGUGUCCUAUCGACCAAUACCCAUACCCAGCUUGAUGUCACUCCAGCAGGACCCUCGGGCAGUCGGCAAACCCAGCAUCCUCCACCACCACUGAUGACGACCGGCCAUCUAGUCCGACGAAUCCAACCACCUUUUGGGCUAUCUGCCCUAGACCCCCGACUGCCGCGCACACGCAGGCGGGUGUAUCGGUAUAUGCCGAUAUUGUGCUUUUCCCCAGAAAUCGUCCGAAGCUGAUCAGUGGCCAAUCGGUGGGAGCACCCCUACUUUAUACGUGUAUGGUUGAUUCAAACGCAUAUCCAACACUUUGUAGUCCUUCUUGUAAACGCGUGUACACGUGACCCAGAAUAAAAGAAAAUGACGGUCAGGGUGUUUGGAUAAGCAAUGAAGACACUCUUUGAGGAGCUCGUUUUUCCAGGAAGGACUUCAGGGACCCAAGUGCUCAUCUGUGGGUUCGGGAGCUUGUGACCGUCAUUGGGACAUAUGGUCCUGUGGAGGAGGUGUGUGACCCCACAAUGGGAGCCAAUCGAAACACUUGAUGGGACACAUGGCGUGUUGCAGUGACAAUAGAAGAGAAGUGUGAUUUGGGAGUUGGGUAAGACACCUUCCAACAGGCGCGUCCAAAGUGCGGCCAACGGCACCAUCUGAAAAUAUAAUUUAACAAGAAAAGCAAUAAAAACACAACAGCACAAAACUCAGCAGUCGUCGUAUUGCAAGAAUAAAGUCAAAAUACGAGGAGAAAAAAGUUGUAAUUUUACGAGAAUGUCGUGGGAAAAAAACGUAAUUUUAGUAGCUAAGUUAUGGUUGAAUUGAUUUUGAACAUGCAUACAGUUUACAUAGAAUGCUUCAUGUUACAAUUCACCAUUCCGCAUGUCCGAAAAGGAGUAGGAAGAAGCAGAGUUGAUUUAAGCCAUUCCCCUCGCCGUAUCACAUCAAUUACUAAUACAUACAGUAUGUUCACUUCCUGUAUUCAACAUGCACUCAUCCACUACAUGCAUCAUUCUUCCAUGCACUCCAAGCAGUCAGGAUGAUUAUUUGAAACAAAAACGUAUCUUUUUCCCCCGUUGUUACCCGGAUCCUCUUCCAGGUCGUCCUGUCCUGCAGUCUUUUGUGUUGUUGAAAUUGUUAAAAGUUGAAAUAUUAAAGAAAAAAGUACUAUCACAAGAAAAACAAAACAACGAAUGAAGUUGACAUUUUUGGAAGAUUGGAUUACGGAAAAAGUAACAAUGUUUUGAUAAAAGUCCAAAUAUGGGAAUAAAGCCGUAAUUACGAGGAGGAAAUGUACCAGAAGAAAGUUGAAAUAGUUGGGGAAAAAACCCCAGCAGAAUUGCAAAGACAGGUGUAAUUUUACUAGAAUAAAGUCACAGUUUUACGAGAAUAAACUCGUAAAUAUUGUGAGGAAAAAUGAUAUCAUUUUAGUUGCAUAGAGAUGACGUGAAAGAAAAAUGUCCUAAUAUGAGAAGAAAACAAAAGAACAUUUUGGGAAAAAGUUAUAAUAUUAAAGUCAUAAUAUUACAAAAAGAAAACUUAUGAAUAUUAUUUAAGAAGAACUUUGAAAUAUAUGGAAGGUGUCUUCAAAUAAUAUAUUUACAAAAUAUCAAAGUGGCCCUUACAUCCCCGCACGGUGGUCUAGUGGUUAGCACGUUGGCCAACACGUUGGAGAUCGGGAAGACCUGGGUUCGAUUCUCCCCUGGGGCAUUUCUGUGUGGAGUUUGCAUGUUCUCCCCGUGUGCGCGUGGGUUUUCUCCGGGUACUCCGGCCUCCUCCCACAUUCCAAAAACAUGCAGGUGAGGUUAAUUGGCGACUCUAGGUAUGAAUGUGAGUGUGAAUGGUUGUCUAUAUGUGCCCUGCGAUUGGCUAGCGACCAGUCCAGGGUGUACCCCGCCUGUCGCCCGAAGUCAGCUAUACCCCCGCGACCCUAAUGACGAAGAAGCGGUAUAGAAAAUGGAUGGAUGGCCCUUACAUCCUUUCAGUUUUGACUAUGUGACCCUCGAUGGGAAGAGUUUGGACACCACUUUGAUACAUUUUUUACUGAUAUUUAAAAUAAAAAAGUAUUUGCAUUAAAGAUGAUACUGAGAAGUGUUUAUGUUUGUACAGUCAACAAAUCAACCGGUAGAUGGCAGCAAUGCAACGGAAUGGCUGUUUCCUGCCAUUAAGCAAACAACGAAGAAGAAAAGGAGGAAGUUAACGAGAAUACACCAACAGACCCGUGGUGUGAAGUAAAGUAGGCGUUAUUGCUUCCAUUGAUGCUUUUAUUAUUCACACGCUUCAUAAUUCUGUCACAUAACAACGAAGCCUCGGCGAAUAUUCUCACCUGCGUACACUUCUAGUGGGUUAUCUUCGCUCGUUAGCUUCGGACAAAGAAACGCGGAAGUUAGCAUCCCAUGCUAAAGUAGCGAGCCAUCGGAAAAUGAUGUGUGAAGAUGUGUAAAGUAGAAAUGCUGCGAUCCUUAAUGAAUGAGCGACUGACUGCGGCUGUUGAAGAAAUAUUUGUAGUGUUGGAAAGAACGAUAGCGAAGUACGAGGAGGAACUUUCUCGAACAAAAGAGGAGAACGAGCGACAACGUCGACGGUUGUCAAGAAGCCUCAAAUGGAGUCACACAGAGCAGACGUCGGUGAAGAGGCUCCUCCCCUCGAGCAGCGCGAGUGGAGCUCCAGGGUGGAGCAGGAGGAGCGACGGCCCCCCAACGUUAAACAGGAAGAGGAGGAGCAGGUGUGGGCUCAGGAAGACGCCGACAUCAGCAACGUUGCAGCGAAUCGUGUGAUUGUCAAGAGUGAAGAUGAUGAAGACGAAGUUCAGCGGUCCCAACUCGAUGGCAGUCACAGCGAGGAGAAGAGGAGAUCCGAGGCAGACAGCCUCGUAGCGCCACUAUCAGACAGUGACGACGCAGCGUCGCACUUUCUCGACACCGAUGACGACAACUCUAACGAUGAUGUGACGUGUGGCACGGACAGCAAACCCUUCAGCUGCGUGUUUUGUGGGAAAAGAUUCGCUCUGAAAGGCAGCUUGAUCACACACACACGAAUACACACCGGACAAAACGCAUUUCCGUGUUCAGUCUGCAGCACCAGGUUUAGCGAUCGUUCCACGUUGGAGAGGCACACGAGGACGCACACUAGCGAGAAACCGUUUACUUGCUCGCUUUGUGGCGACAGCUUCUCGCAAAAAUGCAAUUUGACGAGGCACGCGAGAACGCACACGGGAGAACGAGCUUUUUCCUGCUCGGUGUGCGACGCAAACCCGGCGGACAGUUCCGCGUCGGCGCGCAUGAGGACGCACACAUGCGAGAAACCGUUUCCCUGCCCCGUUUGCGGCAAGUGGUUCUCCCAAAAAGCCAAUUUGGUGACACACACGAGGACGCACACCGGUGAGAAACCUUUUCCUUGUUCGGUUUGCGGCGAAAGAUUCUCUCUCAAAGACAGCUUGAUGAAGCACAUGAGGAGACACACGGGGGAGAAACCCUUCACUUGCAGAGUUUGCGGUCAAAGAUUCUCUCAAAAGUACACUUUGUUGUCACACACACGAAGGCACACCGGCGAGAAGCCUUUCAGCUGCAGCGUGUGUGACAAAACAUUCUCCAGGAAAUACCUCGUCAGCAAACACAAGUGCAACAUCGGGAUGGAGCAGGAGGAGUCACGGCCCCCCAACAUCAAAUCAGAAGAGGAGGAGCCACAGCCCCCCCACCUCAAAGCGGAAGAGCAAGAGCAAGCGUGGACUCAUGAGGAAGCUGAUAUCGGCAAGUUCCCGGUGAUUUGUGUGAUUGUGAAGAGUGAAGACGACGACGAAGCUCAGUGGUCGCAGCUUGAUGGCAGUCAAAUCCAGAUGCUGAGAGCGUUGGUGAACGAGCGGAUAGCCGCUGCCGUUGCAGAAAUCUUUGCAGUGUUGGAAAGGACGAUCGCUGAGUACGAGGAGGAACUUUGUCGAACGAAAGAUGAAAACGAGCGACAACGUCAGCUACUGGCGGCUGUUUUCGAGCCUCGAAUGGAGUCGCGCGGAGCAGACGUCAGUGAAGAAGAUCUCCCCCCUGAGCAGCCGGGGUGGAUCUCCAGGGUGGAGCAGCAGGAGCCGCGGCCUCCCAACAUUAAAGAGGAAGAGCAGCCGUGGACUCGGCAGGAUGCUGACGUCAGCAGGUUUCCAGUGACCUGUGUGAUAGUGAAAAGCGAAGAAGACGACGCCGAGGCUCAGUGGUCACAGCGCGAUCACGGCCAAAGCGAGGCGAAGAGAAGAUCAGAAGCAGGCAGCCUCUUCGCGCCGGUCUCGGAUGGUGACAACGCAGCGUCACACCCUCCUGACGUCGAUGACGAAGACUGUCAAGCUGACGUGACACACACGCACUUUGGAUGCUCUCAAUGCGACAAAAUCUUUGACAGCAAAAGCCACUUACAAAAGCACGAGAAACGUCACACAGACAACAAACACUUGAAGUGCUCGCGGUGUGACAAAACCUUCGGCAGCAAGACCGACUUGCAAAGACACGUGAGGAUCCACACGGGGGAGAAACCCUUCAGCUGCGCGUUUUGCGACAGAAAGUUCUCCGUCAAGGGGAACUUGAUAGCGCACGCGAGGACGCACACGGGAGAAAAAACGUUUCCCUGCUCGUCGUGCGGCCAAAGCUUCGGCGUCCGCUCGGCGUUGCGGCGGCACGAGAGAACGCACACCGGCGAGAAACCUUUUUCCUGCUCAGUCUGUGGCGAAAGAUUCUCCCAGAAAGGCCACAUGAUGAGACACGCGAGGACGCACACUGGCGAGAAACCGUUCAGUUGCAGCCUGUGCGAGAAGAAGUUCUCCGAAAAGUACAACAUUAAGAAGCACAAGUACAUCGGCGAAGAAGAUCUAACCCCCGAGCAGCAGGAGUGGAGCUCCAGGGUGGCGCGGGGCGGAGCACAGCCCCGCCACAUUAAGGAGGAAGAGGAGGAGCACAGUAUCGGUCAGGAGGAGGAGCAGCUUGAAGGGCUGGAGGAGUUCCCCGUCAUCCGCGUGAUUGUGAAGGGUGAAGACGACGAAGGGGAAGCUCGGUGGUCACAGCUCGAUCACAGUCAAAGCGAGGAGAAGAAAAGCCCGGAAGCAGACAGCCUCCUGGCUCCGCUGUCAGACAGCGAUGACACGACGUCGCCCUCUCCCGCCACAGAAGAUGAAGACUCUAAAGCCGACACGACACGUCACACUUACAGCAAACAUUUGAAAUGCUCUCAAUGCGACAAAACCUUUGACAAGGUGACGCGUUUAAAGUCGCACAUGAGAUGUCACAAAGGGGAAGAAAUCUUCAUCUGCCCCUUUUGUGGCAAGAGCUUUGGUGUGCAGGAACAUUUGAUCAGUCACAUGAUGAUCCACACCGGAGAGAAGCCUUUCAUUUGUUCCAUCUGUGGCGGGAGUUUCGCUCUGAAAAACACUUUGAUCAUACACAUGCGAACGCACAGCGGCGAGAAGCCCUUCACUUGCUCGGUUUGCGGCGAAAGAUUCUCCCAGAAAGUCAACUUAACGACGCACAUGAGAACGCACACGGGAGAGAAACCCUUCACCUGCUCGGGAAAUUUAAACAUACACGCAAGGAAACACACCGGCGAGAAACCGUUCAGCUGCAGCGUGUGUGACGAAAGGUUCUUUCAGAAGGUCCAGCUGAACAAACACAAGUGCGCUGAUGUCUGUGAAGAAAAUCUUGCCCCUGAGCAUCGGGAGCGGCGCUCCCGGGUGGCACAGGAGGAGCCACAGCACCCCGGCAUUAAAGAGGAGGAGGAGGAGCGCAGCAUCAGUCAGGAGGAGGCUGACAUCAGCACGUUACCGGUGAUUCGUGUGAUUGUGAAAAGUGAAGAGGAUGAAGAUGAGGCUGAGUGGUCACGGCUUGAUGACCGUCAAAGUGUGGAGACGAGAGGGUCGGAAGCAGACAGCCUCUUAGCUCCACUGUCCGACAGUGAUCAGACUGAUGAUGAAGACCCGAAAGGGGAUAGAUCACAAAAAGGCAGCAAAGGCUUUAAAUGCUCUCAGUGUGACAAAGCUUUUGGCAGAAAGCGGAAUUUGAAAACGCACAUGAUGGUCCACACCGGAGAGAAACCGUUCAUUUGUUCAAUCUGCGGUGGAGGUUUCUCCCUCAAAGGCACCUUGACGAUACACAUGAGAACACACACGGGGGAGAAGCCGUUUCCCUGUGAAAUUUGCGGUGAAAGAUUCUCUCAGAAAGUCAACUUAACAAAACACAUGAGAAAGCACACUGGGGAGAAACCCUUUCCCUGCUCGAUUUGUGGGGAAAAAUUCUCUCAGAAAGGAAAUUUGGUGAUACACAUGAGAUGGCACACGGGUGAGAAACCCUUCAGCUGUCCGAUUUGUGGAGAAAACUUCUCUCAAAAAGGAAAUCUAAUGAUUCACGUGAGAACGCAUACGGGAGAAAAACCCUUUCCCUGUGAAAUUUGUGGACAAACGUUUGCCAGGAAAGACAUUUUGCUGAAACACACGCGAACGCACACUGGCGAGAAACCUUUCACCUGCUCAGUUUGCGGCGAGAAAUUUGCUCAAAAAGGCAACUUGAAGACGCACACCAGGAAACACACCGGAGAGAAACCUUUCAGUUGCAGCGUGUGCAAUGAGAAGUUCACUUACAAGUAUCAGCUGAACAAACACAAGUGCGCAGCACAUCCAAUCCAAAUUAAUCUGCGGGAUGACAAAUACAACCAACCUCUACAUUUGAAUGCACCUGAAGUUGGAAAAAAAUUGCAAUUUGACAAAAACAUUGUGAGUAGGAAGAAGCAGAUCUUAAGUCUUCCCCCCCUUUUCAAUGUCGGUGAAGAAAAUCUUCCCCCGGAGGAGCAGGAGAUACAGUCCCCCCACGUUAAAGAAGAAGAAGAGGAGCAGUCUGAGCCGCCCCGCAUUAAGGAGGAAGAUGAGGAGCACAGCAUCAGUCGGGGGAAAAAGCAGCAGGCGGAUGCUGACAUCAGCAAGAUUCCAGUGACUUGUGUGACUAUGAAGAGUGAAGAUGAUGAAGACAAAGUUCAGGGGGCACAGAUUAAUCACAGUCAAAGUGAGGAGAGGAAAGGGGCGGAGCCGCCGAGCAGCAGCUCUUGUCAACGCAUGACGGCAGAAGCCGACGUUGGAGGACCGCAAGGGGACAGCCUCCUAGCGCCGCUAUCAGAUAGCGAUGACACGACGUCACACUCUGCUGACACUGACGAUGAAGACUAUAAAGCUGAUCUUAGCGUGUUCGCUGCUAACAAAGAGACGCCGCGGUUAGCAACGCGGGCUGCGCGUUGUGGUGAGAAAAUGUGCAAGGUUCAAAUGUUGCGAGCGUUGGUGAACGAGCGACUAACUGCUGUCGUUGAAGAAAUAUUUGUAGUGUUGGAAAGGACGAUAGCGGAGUACGAGCAGGAACUGUCGCAAACAAAAGACGACAACGAGCGACAACGUCAACUACUGGACGCUGUUUUCAAGCCUCAAGUUGUGUUACACCGAGAAGAAGACGUCAGUGAAGAUCUUCUGCCUAAGCAUCAGGAGUGGAGCUCCAAGGCGGGGCAGGAGGAGCCACAGCCCCCCCACAUUAAAGACGAAGAGGAGGAGCAAGUGUGGACUCAGGAAGAUGCUGACAUCAGAAGGUUUCCACUGACUUGUGUGAUUGUGAAGAGUGAAGGUGAUAAUGAUGAAGCUGAGCGGUCACAAGUCGAUGGCAGUCCGAGUGAGGAGACGAGAAGACCAGCAGCAGCAGACAGCCUCUUGGCUCCGCUGUCAGAUAGCGACAACACGACGUCACGCUCUCCUGACACUGACCACGAAGGCUCCAAAGAUGAUAUGACGUGUCACACUGACAGCACACACUUUAAAUGCUCUCAAUGCGACAAAACCUUUGACAGCAAAAGUCAUCUGAAAAAGCACACAAAACGUCACAGUGACGGCAAACAGGUGAAAUGUUCUCAAUGUGACAAAACCUUUGUCAACAAGUCCACUUUGAAAACGCAUCUGCGAUGUCACACAGGCGAGAAACCAUUCAGCUGCUCGUUCUGCGGUAAGAAAUUCUCUCAAAAUGGAAACUUGCUCAAGCACACAAGAACGCACACUGGAGAGAAACCGUUUUCCUGCUCAUCGUGCAACAAGAGUUUUUGUGAUCGAUCAGCGUUGAAGCAACACCAUAAAACGCACACUGGCGAGAAACCUUUUACCUGCUCGGUGUGUGGCCAACAGUUCUCCAUUAGAGCAAAUAUGAUAACACACACGAGAACGCACACUGGAGAGAAACCCUUCGCCUGCUCAGUUUGUGGUCUGAGAGUAGCUCAAAAAAUUCAUUUAACAAUUCACAUGAGGAGACACACCGGGGAGAAACCCUUUUCCUGCUCACUCUGCGACAAAACCUUUUGUGACGGUUCGUCAUUGGGCCAACACACCAAAACGCACACUGGUGAGAAAUUGUUCAGUUGCAAACGGUGUAGCAAAAGAUUCACUCGUAAGUUCCAGGUUCACCAUCACAAGUGUGCUGGUGGGAAAGCAGCAGCAAGUGCCGCUGCAGGGCUUGAAAUAAAGUGAGAAACAUCGAGGGUGGCGAACGUGCCGUCGGUCAGAGCGUGCGCAUGCAGUGCACCUCCACGUUUAAUUGUGAAGUCGCUCACGAGCACACCGACUUCACGAUAUACAUUACAGUGUUUAUGGAAUGGACAAUUCUGAUUUAAUUGUCAAGUGAUUAGUAAGAUGCUGCUAGUUUCACACAGAAAUAAAACAAUCACCAGAGUAGAGACUGUCUUGAGUUACACUUGUAUUUAUUCUAAAGUUAGGCUAGUGGGCGAAAAAGUGUUUGCCCCCUUCCUGAUUUCUUAUUUUUUCGCAUGUUUGUCACUUAAAUGUUUCAGAUCAUCAAACUAAUGUAAAUAUGAGCCAAUGACAACACAACUCAACACUUUAUGCACUUUUUAAAUGAAACUAUAUAUCAUUAAGGGAGAAAACAUCCAAAGCUACAUGACCCUGUGUGGAAAAGUGAUUGCCCCCUAAAGCUAAUAACUGGUUGGGCCCCCCUUUGAUUAUAUGAAACAUUUUAAGUGUGACAAACAUGCAACAAAAAAAAGAAACCAGGAAGGGGGCACACACUUUUUCUCCCCACUGUAUGUACUGGUCGUACGAUGUAGUCAAGCCACCGAUGAACGAUGAGGAUGGAGGAGAUGUUGUUGCUUUCAUUCAGGAAUAACUCUUCAUCGCUGUGUAACAUGGUCUGCUCACAUGAUCCAGAACUUGUCUAUUGCCUUGGAACUCUUGGCUAUUAGUUCUUAGUAGAAAUCUUACUAUUACUUACAUUAAGAAGUACCAAUUGUUAUUGUGGAUUGUCUUAAGUUGAUGUGACUUUUUGGCAUCAUUACUACUGCAAAAUGGCCUCUACCUGAUAUAUUACCUGAUUUUUCACACCACCAUUACCUUAGCACAAGCAAAUGUGUUUCUGGGUUGUUGUUUUUUUAAUAAAAAGCUUUGGGGAAACAAUCAUUUGUUGCCUCGUGGGAAUGUAAAGAUGAUUUGAGCCUACAUGAAAUACAAGUAUUAUUCUCUGUUGUUAGUAAAUACGACAGUGACGUGUUGAUCUGCACAACGAGGCUGUGUUUCAAUUACACACUUACACACUUAGCAUUCUGAGUGCAUAAGUGCGUUCCAACGUUAACUACGGCUCGUGCGCCGCCAGUAUCCGGAUGUUUCACGCAACACAAGACUCCCCAAAUGCUGUGUGUACAUCGGUCGACCCUAACUAUUCCAUGUUUCUCGUUGCUUAAUCUGUCUGGAUAGGAAUGAUAGUCUAACAUUUAUUGAAGUUAUUUUUGUAUGAUCACAGUACUACCGUUCUUAAAGACUAUUACAGUAUUCAUAUAAGAUGAUGUUUUUAAAAUAUGUGUACU